AUGAUAAUGAAAAACCAGACUACCAUCUCUCAGUUCCUCCUCCUGGGCCUGCCCAUUCCCCCUGAACACCAGCACCUGUUUUAUGUCCUGUUCCUGGCCAUGUACCUCACCACCAUACUGGGGAACCUCAUCAUCAUCACCCUCAUUCAUCUGGACUCCCAUCUCCACACACCCAUGUACUUUUUUCUCAGCAACUUGUCCUUCUCUGAUCUCUGUUUUUCCUCUGUCACAAUGCCCAAGUUGCUGCAGAACAUGCAGAGCCAGGACACAUCCAUCUCCUAUGCAGGAUGCCUGACACAGAUGUACUUUUUCAUGGUUUUUGCAAACCUGGAGAACGUUCUUCUUGUGGUCAUGGCCUAUGACCGCUAUGUAGCAAUAUGCUCCCCCCUUCAUUACACUCGCAUCAUGAGCCCCAAGCUCUGUGUGUCUCUGGUGGUGCUCUCCUGGGUAUUUACCAUUCUGUAUUCCAUGCUACAUACUCUACUCUUGGCAAGAUUGUCAUUCUGUGAGGACAAUGUAAUCGACCACUUCUUCUGUGACAUAUCUGUUCUGCUCAAGUUAGCUUGCUCUGACACUUAUAUUAAUGAACUAAUGAUAUUUAUCUUGGGAGGGCUUGAUAUUGUGAUCCCAUUCUUAUUCAUUGUUAUUUCAUAUGUACAAAUUGUCUUCUCCAUUCUAAAGUUUUCAUCUACACGGGGCAUACACAAGAUCUUUUCCACCUGUGGCUCCCACUUAUCUGUGGUCUCACUGUUCUAUGGGACAAUUAUUGGUGUUUACAUAUGUCCAUCAGCUAAUAACUCUACUGUGAAGGAAACUGUCAUGGCUUUGAUGUACACAGUGGUGACUCCCAUGCUGAAUCCCUUCAUCUACAGCCUACGAAACAGAGAUAUGAAAGAGGCCCUCAUCAGAGUCCUUAGUAAGAAGCAAAUUUUGUUAUGA